AUGAAGAAAGGAAAAUGUUCAUGGAGAACUCAUGGAGGAGACCUCAACGGACAUGUAAGCAAAAGAUCAGAUGGGUACCAAAGAGUUCAUGGUGGUAAAGGGUAUGUCCAGAGGAACACAGAGGGAGAGAGAAUCCUAGAAUGUGCCGAAAGCCUCAACAUGGCAGUUGUCAAUACCUUCUACCAAAAGAGAGAUGAACAUCUCAUCACAUACAAGAGUGGGCAACAUGCCACACAGAUUGACUACGUGAUGAUAAGAAGAGCGGACCUGAAGAGUGUCAGGAAUUGUAAGAUCAUUCCAGGAGAGGCAGUUGUGGCACAGCAUAGACUCCUAUACUUUCAGGAAAAAGUGAGAGAAAAGCAAGUACCAAAAACAGAGACAGUGCAAGAAGACUGGCAGUCCACAAAAAGUGCCCUACUGGAAACAGCAGAAGAGGUAUGUGGUACCACUAAAGGGAGACGGUACCAAGGAAGGGAGACAUGGUGGUGGAGUACAGAAGUGCAAGAAGCUAUUAGAAGGAAAAAGGUAGCCUCUAAGGCAUGGCAGAGUGAUAGAGAUGAAAACCUAAGAGAAACAUAUAAAGAGGCCAAGAGAAAAGCUAAAAGAGCAGUGGCCAAGGCCAAGGAGGAGGCUUGGAGGGAGUGGUACGAGAAGAUGGAAACCAAUGAAGGAGAGAGGAUAAUAUACAAAGUGGCAAAGCAAAGAGUGCAAAGUAGGCAGGAUGUGGGAGAGGAUUACCCAACGGUUAAAGCCCCCUUUCCUAAUAUAAACGAGAAGGAAGUAGAAGAAACAAUGAAGAAAAUAAAGAGCGGGAGGGCAACAGGGUGCUCUGGACUACCAGUGGACCUGCUAAAACACCUAGGCAAGGAGGGAAUCCAGAUGGUCACGUCACUCCUUCAGAAAGUAUGA